UGGAACCCUCCACCUAGCAACCUGGCAAACAGAACCCAGCGGGACUCUGUCCCCAGGUGCCUCUGCUGCCACCCGGGCCCCCCCAUGCAGCACCCCAAAAUCCUCUACCCUCCUGCCAUACCCCAGGAAGCCUUCGGCCCGCAGAGCCUGGAGGGCACUGAGGUGCCAGGUGGCCCAGAACCCCUUCCCGCCGUAGCCAACGCCAACCUGCUCUAUCAGACUCCCAGCUCGGACCAGGAUGUGCUUACAGCCCCUCCAGCAGGCUUCCAGAUGGCUCCCUGCGGCUGCUUCUUCGACCCCCGCAUCUACCGCAUCGAGUGGGUUACCUCCGACUUUGGCCAGACAUCCCUGUACAAGAUGGCAGUGGCCGGGGCUCCCACUUUGCCCGGUGGUUACUUGCUGGAAGCCCCGUCCUAUCUCAAGGCCCCAGGGCCGCCACCUCCGCUGUACCCCCAUUACCAGCCAGCCCCCAGCGGGCCGCAGUACCUCACACACUACCUUCCACCUGAGGAGCCUGGGCCUGAGGCGCUGGGCUUUGUGCGGGAAGGAGGGCCUCUCAACUUCAUGGAGAUGCUCAGAGAUGGCCUGGCACCUCCGCCGAGCCCCAAAGAGACUACUAAACCAUCUCCCUUGCUCAUCACAGUUCCCACAGCACAGGCGCUGCCACCCGGGCCCUACAGCCAUGUUAGUGGCCACGCCAGCCAGUUCCCAGGGCCCCAGGUGACCGUGAGGCCCAUCGAGGCCUCCAGGGAGCUACAGGGUAGUGGUGUGGCCAGGCCAGGUCUGCAGUUCCCUCCUGGCCCUGUGGAGCCCAAGGUGGCUGAGGUGGAGGACGUCACCCCAGUGGGCUCAGGUGAGACCACGCCUCCUGAGGUGGCUCGUGCUUUCUUCCUGCCGGACAAGGUCCUUCUAGAAGAUGCAAUGAAACUUUUUGAUUGUCUCCCCGGUGGCGCUGAGCCCGAGGUGCCUCUGCACAGGGGUCCCGGCCCUGGACAACAGGACAGUGGUGGAGGUGGGGAUGACUGCCCAGCUGACAUCCGUUCCCUGCACCUGCCGGAUGAGCUCCUGUCCUUUGACUACAGCGUCCCCGAGAUCCUGGAUGCGGUGGCCAACGUGGACUACUUUUUCAGCUUCAAGGCUCUGGACGAUGAGCCGAUGCCCCAUCUGGAGGUCCCUGUCACUGACACAGUGGCCCCUGGCCUGCGGUCCCAUCAAUCGGGAAAGAAAACCAGCACGUCCACCAGGAAAGGGAAGGCAGGUGGCAGACACAAGCAGACUGCAGGCCUGGCUGGCACUGACGUCACAGGACCCAGGCCGGACCCGGGAGCUGCCCCUAAUUAA